AUGCUGAACUAUGUGAAUAAAGGUAAUGACAUCCUCAAUGCUAAACAGAUGAAGUUGGCACUUGAAAGUCAUGGUGGCAUCAGAAACACCUACAUCUCAGUAGUAGAUCUCUUAGCUGAACCCCAAACACCAGUGCUUUCUGGACAGCUCAAAUCCUUCCAGAUAUCACAGCAUAACAAUUUCAUUUUUCAAAAUGAUGGAAUGAUGGCAUAUAAAGCAUAUGGCCUUAGAGGAAAGCUUAUUUCAGCAGAAGAUAUGACUAGAAUUUCAGAAAAGUUGCUAUUGAAAGAUGAGAACUUGGUCUUCUCUGGAGUGAAACAGCCAGACCCAAAGCCAACUACCAUUCAAGGAGUUAAACAACAGGACCAUUUUCCUUGCAUUGAUCCAGACUGCAUCAAAGUAUUUAGGAAAGAGAACCAACUUGUCCAACACCUUUCUGUCGGUCAGCAUGUCUAUGAUGAACAGCAGUUGGACACCCUUGAGGACAGGAGUAAAAGGCUUUGGUCAGCACAGUGCAGUGAACUUCGACUUAAUCAACAAAUUCUCUCAUCUGUCCCAGUGGUUUUUGAACAACCAACAUAUUUCUGUGAAAGCCAUGGCUACGCUCUAAAACGAAGAAAAAAGACAUCCCGCUUUUCUGGAAAGGUGAGAAAUUACCUCACUGCCUUGUUCAGAAAUGGAGAAGAGACGGGGAAAAAACCAAGUCCACACACAGCUUCUAGACAAAUGCGAUCUGAAACAGAUGGAGAGGGAAACAGAGUGUUUUCUCCAGAUGAAUGGCUCUCUCCUCAACAGAUUAGAAGCUUCUUUGGAAACUUAUGUUUGAAAAAGCAGAAAGUAUCCAACAUAGUGAAAGGCGAGGAAAGUGCAGAAAAUGAUGAAGAUCUUCAAAAUGUAAUCAGUGAUCUUGUUGCCGUUGAACGUAGCCAAGUAUUAUCCAGUAUUGUCUCUGAACUGACACUUGGUUAAGAACAAUUUUGUAUAGGAAAUACUCUUUCACUUUGAAUGUGAGGGUGAUUACUUCUGAUAUCUGUUAUUCUUGAAAUGGUAUCCAAUUUCCUGAUACAUGUACUGUCACACUGGUGUAAAUGUAUACAUGUUGAUACUUUUAGUAUUGAUGUAUAGAAAAUCAGAAUUUGUCUUUUUAGUUAAGUUAUUGUUCAAACUCUUGCCAGCUAGAAUUUCAAUUUAAAGUUUCCAAUGAAGUAUCAUAGUCACUUGAUGAUAUUAUUUGGUUAAUUGUGAUACAUGCAUGAAUUGAUGACGUUAGUCCUCUAAUAGCACUAUAUGUGUAUGAAUGAUGUAAGUUGUCUAAUACAUAGUGCUACAGGUAUAAAUUGAUUAUGUUAGACCUCUAAUAGGCAAACAUGUAAUAAAUAUGUAUCAAUUGAGGAUGUAAGCUAGAUAAUAACACUUCAUUAAUGUUUUGAUGAUAAAUUUUGUCUAACGUCACUUGUAUGAAUUGAUGAUGUUAUUUGGCCAAUAGUGCUACAUGUAUGAAUGUUGGUUAGUAGGUCUACAUGUAUAAAUUGAUAAUUUUGUUUGUCUAAUAGAGCUACAAGAAUGAAUUGAUAAUGUAAGUUUGAUAAAAACAUUGAUGUUGUCAUUUCUUUGAUAGCAUUUCAUGUAUGAAUAAUGAUGUUAGUCCUCUAUUAACACUACAUGUAUAUGAAUUGAUAAUGUUUGGACUAAUAGUGGUACAGGUAUGAAUUGAUUAUGUUAUUUGGCUAAUAGGGCUACAUGUAUCAAUUAAGGAUGUAUGCUAGAUAAUGGCAUUUUAUGAAUGAUUUGAUUAUAAAAGUUAUCUUAUAGCACUUGUGUGAAUGGAUGAUGUUACUUGGCUAGCUAAUUGUGCUAUACGUUUGAAUUGAUGAUGUUUUUAGACUAAUGGUGCUACAUGUAUGAAUUGAUGAGGUUAUUUGGCUAACAGCGGUACAUCAAUUGGUGAUGUUAUUUGGCCAAUAGUGAAACGUACAUACAUAAAUUAAUGUUCAUAGUUGUCUAAAAUUGCUACAUGUUUGAAUUAAUGAUGUUAUUUGGCAAAUAGUGCUUCAUGUAUGAAUUGAUGUUGUUUGGUUAUUAGUGCUACAUGUAGGAAUCGAUGAUGUUAUUUAGCUUUUAGUGCAACAUGUAUGAUGAUAAUAGUUGUUUAAUAGCACUACAUGUACGAAUUGAUGAUUUUAUUUGACUACUAAUAGAUAAGUGCUACCUGUGUGAAUUGAUGUUGUUUGGUUAUUAAUGCUAAUACAUGUAGUUGUCUAAUAGUGUUACAUGUAUGAAUUGAUUAUAGAUGUCUAAAAAGGCUACAUGUAUAAAUUAAUGAUUUUAUUUUACUAAUAGCACUACAUGUAUGAAUGGAUUUUGUUAUUUGGCCAAUAGUGAUACAUGUAUUAAUUGAUAAUAGUUGUCCAAUAGUGCUACAUGUAUAUAAAUUGAUGAUUUUAUUUGACUAAUAGCACUACAUGUAUUAUUGAUGUUGUUAUUUGGCUAAUAGGGACACAUGUAUUAAUUGGUGAUGAUAGCUUUCUUAAUUUAAAUUAAUUGCACAUCUCUAUCUAUUAUUCUUAAGUAGCUGAAUAAUGAAUAUUUCAAUUCACAAAUUUUGUAUUUUUUAUUCUGAAAUUGAAAUUCUCUAUCUGAUAUAUUCAUUGAAGGUUGAAAUUGGUCUCUAUUCAUAUUUUAUUGCAUAGCUUUGUAAAGAAUGGCUAGUCAUAUUUCAUGUAAAUAACUGGUCAGGAGUAAUUUGGUCUUUGUUUUUGCUCCAUUUGAAUCAAAGGCUCAUUUCAAGUAUUUCUUGUAAACGAGUGUUACAUGUAGGCAUUUUUGUUUUCAUAUCAGGUGGUUAUAUGUACUUUUUAACGUUCAUUACUAUACCAAAUAAUCCAUGAAUAUUAAACAGGUUAUAUAUUAAGUUAAAAGAUUGUUAUUUGUUGUUUUUUUUCUCAAAAAUCAUCUUAUCAAUAUGCUAAUGUUGUAAACUUUGCUUAAAAAUAUGUAUUAAUAAGAAUCGUUUGAUAUGUACACUCAUAAAAAUUUGAAUACAUGUAACAUGAAAUCCAUUGUUAUUGUACAGUUUUAUGUCAAAGUGGAUACUUUUAUAAAUUAAGGUGGUAUGGGACAUCUGUCAAUAUUAUUAUGGAUUAAUGUAUGUUAUAAAUCAAAUAUUUACAUCGGUUUAGAAUGUUCAAAUUUUACAAUAUUUAACUGGAAAAUAGCUUUUAAAAAUAUUUGGAGAGGUAAAAAUUGUAAAAGCCCAAGCAGGAUUUGAACUCAUGACUUGCAGAUUUGUAAUAAACCCUCUAACCCACUGCGCUACCCUGUUAAGUGACAUUAUAGGGAAAGAAACUAGUGAGUACUUAAUAUGUAAUUACACAUCAUUUUAUUGUUUAUUUCGAUAAACAAUAUGUAACAAUAUGGAAGUGUCCCAAACCACCUUAAGGAUAAUAUCUCUUGUAAUAGGAUAGUGCCAUUCAUAAAUUAAGAAACCAAUCUUUAAAUUAUCAAAGUUAAUUUGUCAUUAUCACACAACAUUCAUAAUGAAAACAUAUAAUCACAUACCGGUAAGUUUUCCGAGAAAUUUAUUUAUGGGUGAAACACAUUCUUGAUAACAAAUUAUAGAUACAUUUUAGCACAAGGCUUAAAAUUGCAUGAGUGAAUUAAGCAAAUAAUUCAAACAAGAUAGGGCAAUAUUAUUUAGAACCAUUUACAAUAAUAGAGCUCUUUUUCCUGGACAUAAUGAUAUAUGACAUGUAUACAAUACUCAACAGAUUCAAAUUGUAUUGGAUUGCAAGCUCUACCUUAAUGGUCCAAGUUUCCUUUCAAU